AUUUCAACCAAUAAGAAGGCAGGAGAUAGCCAUCAGGGAUGAAGGCAUCAGCUAUACUGCAAAAAUAUGGAUCCUUUGAAGGAGUGGAACAGGAGACAGAAGAGUCAGAUGAGAAAGAUGUAACUGAACUAGACUUUUUACCAAGAGAACUAGAAAGAAAAGACAAUGCCUUGGACACCAUAGACCAGGAUACAGUGGGGUGUGAAGAGAAGAAAAGAAGAAUUCAAGAUCCUAACAUAUCCAUGAAAAAGAAAAGAAAGAGAAAGAGACCUGUGAUAAGUCUGACCAACUGCAAGUAUGAUAGUGUGCGUCGGGCUGCUAAGCAGUAUGGCUUACGGGAAGCAGGUGAGAAUGACGAGUGGACCCUCUAUUGGACAGACUAUUCAGUCUCACUGGAUCGGGUAAUGGAAAUGAAAAGUUAUCAGAAAAUCAACCACUUCCCUGGGAUGAGUGAAAUAUGUAGGAAGGAUCUGCUGGCCAGGAACAUGAGCAGGAUGCUAAAGCUCUUUCCUAAAGAAUUUAACUUCUUUCCCAGGACCUGGUGUCUUCCUGCUGACUAUGGGGAUUUGCAGACCUAUAGCAGAUCAAGGAAACAUAAGACAUACAUCUGUAAGCCCGACUCUGGCUGUCAGGGGAGAGGCAUCUUCAUCACCAGAUCUUUGAAAGACAUAAAACCUGGAGAGGAUAUGAUCUGCCAGCUCUACAUCUCAAGGCUUGUAGGUGGGACUGUACAGCUAUUUUCAUCACCUCAGUCUCGAGUUAAUGAGUUACUAAUGUUCCUCUUGAACUUCAAACAAACUAUAAGCAACUCAGUUUCAUCUUCUCUUUCCCAGCCUUUUAUUAUUGAUCGUUUUAAGUUUGAUCUGAGGAUUUAUGUGCUUGUGACAUCAUGUGACCCUCUGAGGAUAUUUGUCUAUAAUGAGGGCCUUGCACGCUUUGCUACAUCAGCCUACUCUGACCCCUCACACAGCAAUCUGGAUGAUGUCUGCAUGCACCUGACUAAUUAUUCCAUUAACAAGCACAGUACUAAUUUUGUCCAAGAUGAAGAUUCUGGAAGUAAGAGGAAGCUCUCCACCUUUAAUAAGUACAUGCAGAAGCAUAGCUAUGAUACCGACCAGAUGUGGCGGAAUAUAGAAGAUGUUGUUAUUAAAACCCUGAUAUCAGCACAUCCUAUUAUCAAACAUAACUAUCACACUUGCUUCCCCAACCACACUGUGGGUAGCGCUUGCUUUGAAAUAUUAGGAUUUGAUAUUCUGUUGGAUCACAAACUCAAACCCUGGUUGCUUGAGGUGAAUCACUCUCCAAGCUUCACCACGGACUCCUGGUUAGACAAAGAAGUGAAGGACCAGCUGCUAUAUGACACUUUGGUUCUGAUAAAUUUAGGGGCCUGUGACAAGAGAAAAAUCCUAGAAGAAGAGAGAAGGCGAGGAAAGGAGAGACUCCUGAAGCAAUGCUGUUCUCGAGAGACCAGGGCUGAGAAGUAUAGAAACUGCCAAGCCACUUGGUUGAAACAAGCUGAGAAAUAUGAGGAGAAAAACCUAGGUGGUUUUCGCAGAAUUUACCCCAAAUCUGAUUUGGACAAAUAUGAUAAGUUUUUCCAGCACAACAAUUCACUCUUUCAGGAGACUGCAGCUUCCAGGGCACGAGAAGAACAUGCUAGGCUGCAGCUACAGGAGCUGCGAAUGAAGCACGAGCAGAAAACAGCCCAUUUGCGAGAGAAGAAGAUAGAGCUGCUGGGGGAGUCUGGGUCUGAGAAGAUAAAGACUUCCAAACAGAAGUUAGUGAGUAGGACAGCUACGGCACAAGGAUUAAGACAGCAUUAUCUUUGUUCAGAGUCAGGACCUGGCACUCCUCUUCUGCUUCAGAGUUUCUCAGGUGAAAAAGAAACAAAGAAAGAAAUAGUUAACGGGGAAUCAAGCAUCCCACAAAAAGAGCACACCAAAACUCACGAGUAUUCAAAUGCACAUGAAAAACAAGCAGUACGGCACUACAGCUCCAUGCCAAACUUGAUAGUGCAGAACUCAACUAGUGCCCUGGACCAGUACAACUCCAACCCUGACCUGAGGGACCACAAAGUACAUGGUCAUCACUCUGCAGCAGAUAUGAACAUAAGAUUAAUACUCCAGACACCAGUGGAUUGUUCCAGGGUAUCUGAUAAUCCAAUUCAUUCUUCUUCAAAGCCUUUCCCAAUAUUGGCUCAGCCUCGGGCUGCAAUCACAACAGCAACUGGCGUGGUUUACUGUGAAAGCACAGUCACUCAGAUUUUGGUGCCAUUUGGAUGCCAGAGAGAGCAACACCAGCCCCAUGUCAGGGAGAACUUGGCCUCAUACUUAAAAGUCCAUAGAUCACACAAAAACUUGUUAGAGCCUGAAAUAGACAAGAAACCUAUCUUGUCAGAAUUCUUCAGCAAACUCAGUUUCGGACCAGGAGAGAAGGCCAUAAUAUUCCCUUUUCGCCACCACCCUCAUCUCAUCAAUAGAACACAAAGUGCUUUGCACUCCAGGAGAAUCCAUCUGAGUAGCAGAAACUCCACAGACAAGAGACAAACGAAACUUCAGAGUGCCCAAACAGUAUUCCAAAAAACAAAUUGUCCCCAGUUCAGCCUUCAAGACCUUUUGGUGAUCUCCACCCCAGGUCGAGUGGACCCGCGACCUAGGAAAAGCAAUACCCUAACUUCAGGGGAUAUUCCAACGGGCAGGGACUGAGCAGAAUGACGGCACUGUUUUGCCUCCUGAAGUCUGGGAGAUGCUCACUCCUGUAGACAAUCUGUUCAUCAGGAACUGACAGAAACAUUUUGUUGUUUCUUUUCAAAUAUACUGAUUGGUGAUUGCCUCCAGUUAUACAGCUUUCAGAGCAUGAAACAGCAAUGUGUGACCAAUAACAUUUGCCUUAAAAAAAAAAAAAAAAAAAAAAAAGUCAGGAGUUUAUGGGUGUCUUGAUGUGCAACUGUUGUACCGGAACUCAAUGUAUAUCUACUUCCUUUGGCAGUGUCUGCUUACUGCCAACUCUUGUUUUGUUUAAUGAAAAAUUCUUUUGUAAGAAGAAUUCCUGUGUGAUGUCUUCUCUAUUCCAUUGAACAUCAGCCCUAUUAAGGGGAAAAUUCCCUGCAUUGAAUUUCAGCUGCACAACUCCAAAUAAUAUCAGCUGGAACUGCACAGCUGAAUCCCUGCAGCAUAAUUUGAAAACU